UUAGGUUGGUAACCGAUUGGUCUUGUGAUCGAACAGCUGAAGGAGGCGACGGGCACGAAAGGGAACCGUAGUCUGCGUCUCCGAAGAGGAUUUUUUCCAUAUAAAUUGACACGGGAUUUCGACAAGAAUCAUGGUGGACCGUGCGAAUAUCAAGCAGAUGAUACCGGCUCUGCCGGAAGAGAAAAUUGAUAUGCUGGCAGCUACGAGCAUGCUCCAGCAGCAGGCUGCUGACAUUAGAAACCAGCGAAUUAAUUGGCAGUCGUAUUUGCAAUCACAAAUGAUAUCAAAAGAAGACUACGAUUUCAUAGCAGCUUUUGAUACAAGUGAUGCUAAGGCAAGGGAAAACAAGCUUAAGGAGAAUCCACAUCAGGCAGCCAAAACCUUCCUCAACCUGCUUGGACAUGUCUCAAAGGACCAGACCAUUCAGUAUCUUCUUACAAUGAUCGAUGAUAUGUUGCAGGAGGACCGUAGUCGUGUGGAAAUCUUCCGUGAGCACUCCACGCGAAAACGGGAAUCUGUCUGGGGACCAUUCCUCAAUCUUUUGAACAGGCAGGAUGGCUUCAUAAUGAACAUGACGUCGCGUAUCAUAGCUAAGUUAGCUUGCUGGAGUCACGAUCUCAUGGAGAAAACCGAUCUGCAAUUUUAUCUGACGUGGCUCAAGGAUCAGCUGAAGCUUAGUUUUGAUGCCCUGCAGGAAACAGGCUUGCAUGCGGGACUUGAACAAGACACUGCUGCGGAGCAGGCCAAGGAGGCCGCUGACAUGCUGCACGAAUUACUCAACCCGAACAACGAUUACAUCCAGUCGGUGGCGCGAUGUCUGCAAAUGAUGCUCCGUAUCGAUGAGUAUCGCUUCUCUUUCGUAUCCGUCGACGGGAUCUCAACUCUCCUCAGCGUCCUGUCCGGAAGGGUGAAUUUUCAAGUGCAAUAUCAGCUCAUUUUCUGCCUGUGGGUGCUCACUUUCAACCCGCUGUUGGCAGAGAAGAUGAACAAAUUCAACGUUAUCCCCAUUCUUGCCGACAUAUUGAGCGAUUCCGUGAAGGAGAAAGUAACACGCAUUAUCCUCGCAGUAUUUAGA